AUUUAGGACAACAAUUUGUAAUUUGCGGCCGAACGAUUCGAGAGACGUGUUUAAUCAGCAAAGUUUUACUGAACCAAAAAACGAGCACCUGUGAAAGUGGUGACGUCAUAUAUCAACAUGGUGGACAAGGGGUGAAAGUACAGGAAGUGUGAAGAAAAUAUUUCGCACAAAGUCGAUCUUUUUGAGAGUUUGAUUUUACCAAUCGUUUUCAGACAAGUGCAUUCAAGUUUUUUUCAUAUCUGAGGAAUAUUUUGCAACGUCUGGUGUAUCUGUGUUACCAUGGCCGGCUACGAAAAAUUUAGAUCGAUAACUGUGGUGUUUCUGAUACUGUGUGCGUCCAGAUUGAUAAAUGCUGAAGAAGCAGAUGCUUGCACGACGACUUUCAGUAACUCCACUGGUAGCAUCCCAGUAACAAAAUUUCAACCUGGAAUCAACUGUACAUGGAGAUUCAACCUGACUUCAAAUGCCAGCAUUUAUAUCAAUUUUAAGCACACUUUUUCAAUCAGCCUUGGUGCCACUCUGCAAAUUCUGAAUGGAGACAAUAAACCCAUUGCUACUCUCACUGGCCCACAAGAUGAAUUUUUGGCUGUAAUAACAAAGCCAGAGAAUGCGACCAUCAUGUUUCUAAACGGCAAUUCAGCCUCCUAUUUUGGGAUGACCUAUUCAACCACAAAAUGCAGUCAGACAGUCAGCUGGGAUGCAGCCACCAUACGAUCUCCAUAUGUUCCAGUUGAUAGUGGUUCAGUAUCUUGUCAGUAUACCAUAAAAACAGACAAUGCUAGCUUUCCAUUCUUAUCAUUCUCUGUUUUUGACUUCACCAAGAUGACCAUGGAGGUUUUUGGGAAAAAGAGUCCUGCGUCAAGUAGCUCUGAUGAUCUUCUGAAAAAUUUGACAGGACAGUCUAGCAGGCCUGACGACAUCAUGAGCUUUGCCAAUACUAUGACCAUUCAACUAACUCUCCCUCUUGCACAGAAGCAGACUGGCUUUGUUGCAAGCUAUGCCUCUGUCAGUCAGAGUUGCAGUGGUAUUUAUGAAAUUGGUGAAGAAACACCAGUUUUCAUCCCACCAUUUGGAAACUACUCUAACAAUCUUGACUGCAGAGGAAUGGUCUACCUGAAUGACACGAUGAAACAACGCUUUUCAUUGACCUUGAUAUUGAAUAGUCUUGAUCUAGGUGAUGACUAUGACACCAUUGUUGUGAAUGAUGGUGGUUCAAGGUUUUCCCCCACACUUACAACAUGGAAGAGAGGAACAACAGCAGGUUCUGUGUUGGUGAGCAGUACGGGAAAAUUGUGGAUGAUGUUUAAAACUGAUGAAACACAAACAGGCAGGGGUGUACAUUUUACAGUAAGACCACAAGCUGUUGGAGGUGUCCUGAGGGGAUCUGGCCACAUUAAAGUACAGAAUUACUCCAUGACUGUCAACACAACAAACCCAAUUUAUUAUUUGCUCUCAGUAGAGGAAGGCAAACAGGUUGUGUUUAAGAUUACUGAAAAGUAUCUCUUCCCAGCUGCAUCAAUCAUUUGUCAUGAUGGCACANGGCGUUCCUGUUGGAGGUGUCCUGAGGGGAUCUGGCCACAUUAA